AUGGCCGAGGAGCUCCGCCCAUGGGCCAGCGGCUCCAUCUCCGAGGCCGCCUUUGCCCGCGAGAACGACGCCCUCACCCGUGCCCUCCGGAUGUCCCUCUUCUCCGGCACCUCCUCCGUCGCCGUCCCAUCGCCGGAUUUCCUCUCCUUCGACACCUCCUCCCCCUUCCUCCUCCCGCUCCCCAUCGACGUCGCCCAGCUGCCCCACCUCCUGGACCCUCCCUUCGCGCAGAUCGGGAAGAAGCGCAAGUCCCGGCCCUGCAAGCGCUCGCCGACCACCUACGUCGCCGCCGACCCGGCCAACUUCCGCCAUCUUGUCCACCAGUUGACCGGCGCCUCGGUCGGUGGCGGUGCGGAGGAGAACCGAGCCGAAGAUCCGCCGCUCCCAGGCGUCCAGGGAAGCUACUUCCUUCCGACGCUGGACACGUCGGCGUGCUUGCUGAACCGGCUCGAGCAGAAAGUGUUCGUCAGCAUAAACAGUGAAGAGAAAAAAAAAUCAAUUUGUUGGGGAGUCAAUCCCGAUUUACUUCCUCCUAGUUCUGUCGAUCCCAAUUUGCUUCCUCCUGGCUCCGUCGAUCCCGAUUUGCUUCCUCCUGGCUCCGCCGAUCCCGAUUUGCUUCCUCCUGGCUCUGCCGAUCCCAAUUUGUUUCCUCCUACAUCUUCUCUCACGAUCAACAAGUUUGUCUGA